UGGAGAAAGUGGGAUUGUGUGACGCGCAGUGCAAAGAGAGUUGGGGCGCAGCAGGAACCGGAAGUGGUGGAUGAUAGGGGCCCUUCCCUCUCCACCCCCACUGCCGAGAUUCUCAGGUACGCACGCGCACAACCCGGGUGUAUUUCUGAUGACUGUCCACAACCUGUACUUGUUUGACCGAGAUGGGGUUUGCCUGCACUAUAGCGAGUGGCACCGAAAGAAGCAGGCGGGGAUCCCCAAGGAGGAGGAGUACAAGCUGAUGUAUGGGAUGCUCUUCUCCAUCCGAUCUUUUGUCAGCAAGAUGUCACCUGUGGACAUGAAAGAUGGAUUCCUGGCUUUCCAGACAAGUCGAUACAAACUCCAUUACUAUGAGACACCCACUGGGGUCAAGGUUGUAAUGAACACAGAUCUGGGGGUAGGACCCAUUCGGGAUGUCCUACACCAUAUCUACAGUGGGCUUUACGUGGAGUUGGUGGUGAAGAAUCCGCUGUGCCCGCUGGGUCAAACUGUACAAAGUGAACUUUUUCGCAGUCGGCUUGACGCUUACAUUCGAUCGCUUCCCUUCUUCUCUGCCCGGGCUGGCUGAGAACGGCGUUCUUCUGAAACAUCUGUAUUCGUUGUAGAUUUUCCUGUUUGUUUUUGUCACGGGAGGAGCCUUCCAAUCCCUGCCUCGUUCCAAAGUGGCUGGCUACUCGAGAGCAUUUAGGACCGAAUUCCCCUCCAGACUCUUCCGGCUCCAGUUGCCCUUUGCUUCUGAUGCUGUAAUCCCACCUAGUCAAUGCCUACCUCCCAUCAAUCCCCUUUCUUGCUACUGUAUUGAGAACAGAGAAUAAAACUAUCUGCUGUCUGGUG